AUGAAUGAAGCAGACAUGAAAAGUUUCACUUAUCAAUCAAUCGUUCCUUCGUUCCUUUCUUUCUUUCUUUCUUUCUUUCUUUCUUCCUUCCAUUCUUCCUUCCCUCCUUCCAUUCUUCCUUCCUUUCUUCCUUCAUUCAUUUCAUUCUGCCUUCUUUUCUUUCUUCCUUUCUUCCUUUCUUUUUUCUAUUCUUCCUUCCUUUUUUCCUUUCUCCCUUGCUUCUUCCCUCCCUUCCUUUCUCCCUUUCUUCAUUCCGUCAUUCUUUCCUUUCUUUCUUCCUUCCUUUCUUCCUUCCCUCCAGUCUUCCGUCAUUCCAUCAUUCCUUCCUUUCUUCCUUUCUUCCUUCCUUCCUUCCUUUCUUCCCUCCUUCCUUCCUUCCUUUCUUCCUUCCUACCUUCCUUUUUAUUUCUUCCUUCCUUUCUUCCUUCCUACCUUCCUUCCUUUCUUCCUUCCUACCUUCCUUCCUUUCUUCCUUCCUGCCUUCCUUCCUUCCUUUCUCCCUUCCUUCUUCCCUCGCUUCCUUUCUCCCUUUCUUCCUUUCUUCCUGUCGUCAUUCUUUCUUUCUUUCUUUCUUUCUUUCUUUCUUUCUUUCUUUCUUCCUUUCUUUCUACCUUUCUUCCUUCCUUUCUUUCUUCCCUCCUUCCUUUCUUCCUUCCUUCCUACCUUCCUUUUUUAUUUCUUCCUUUCUUCCUCCUUCCUGCUUCCUUCCUUUCUCCCUUCCUUCUUCCCUCCCUUCCUUUCUCCCUUCCUUCCUUCCGUCAUCCUUUCCUUUCUUUCUUCUUUCCUUCCCUCCAGUCUUCUGUCAUUCCAUCCUUUCUUCCUUUCUUCCUCCCUUUUUUCCUUCUUUCUUUCCUUCCUUCCUAA